AUGUCGCGAUCAGUUGUAGAAAUUAUUCAAGACUUAACAUUAUUUAAUCCAGUAACAGCUGAAUUUGGUCAUCGUUUGGCACACGAUUGUUAUAUGAUAUUGGUGGGUUGUGUGAAAGACAAAGAACAUUUGGAAAUGCUGCAAGCUAUGGUCAUUUCUCGAGAACGAACCAAAAACUGGAGAGAAAAAGAAGCAGCCGCUAGAGCAGCAUUCAACGCUCGAAAUACAUUAUUUAAAAUUUAUUCAUUAACCGGUCGUUCUAUCAAACAAUUUUCCAAUUAUCCAGAUGAAGAUGAAGUUUUAUUUUUACCACACUCUACAUUUCUUGUCUUCAAACAUGUGGCUUCCCACCAUGGCAGUCAGCACACGAUUUAUAUGCGACAAGUUGAAUUGGGUCUGUCCGUAUGGUCAGUAUUGUGGGUUGACGAUCGCAUAUUCAAUGAACACUGGGAGAAUAAAAGGCACAUGGAAUACGCAUCAGCUAAAGCACUCAAUAUGAAUGUCCAUUUCAUUCCAAAGUCGUCCACCGACAGUGCACUGUCAUUCCUUCGAUCACCGUUCGGGCAACGUUUGAAAAAUAAAGAUAAAUUUCGUAUUGUUACUGAUAUGAACCGUGAAUAUGAACAGCCGAGUCAUAACGCUGGUGCACGAUUGAUUAAAGCAUUACGACGAAUGGGCUUCAGAAAUGAAUGCAUGAUAUUCACUAGUGAUAAAAGAGAGGCAGACCAAAUCAUCAAAUCGGAAUUGAAUUCAAGAGAUCAACAAUUUGUUACAGUAACAACUGAGGCCAGUGACUUACAAACUAUCGUGGACUUUGACCAAGAGCCGAGAUAUACCCAUCAUCCAGAAAUGGGAAAUUCAAGGACCCCAUGCAUCAUAAUAAGUUGA